AUGGUUCACCCCGUUGCUGAAGACGAUAAUACGAAGCCAUUCAAUCCGAAGGAUGAUGACUUUGCAACCAGCACUGUCGUCCCUGAAGCAGCCCUCGACAGCUGUGAUGGCAUUCAGCAUUCGUCCCAACUCGGACUAGAUACCAAUUCGUCCUUUUCUGACCAUCCCGCUUCUCCCCAGGAGUCUUCGUCCAAGGCCAACGAUGUUGAAAUUAAUCUGCCCGAGAUCGAAGGACCAAAAUGGACUCCUGUCAAUUCCACGACGAAGCAGGACGACCCUGGCCCGUCAGUUCGACGCCGUACCGCCGCAGAGCUCAAGGAGAUCAUGGAGAAGCAGGUUGAGCACCCCGAAUUCUCAGGUCUGGAUGCUAUUACCUUGACCCCUCUUCUAUCCGCAUUCCUAACUCGGCACGAAAAGCAAAUGCGUGAUAUGCAUCCGGAGCGGACUGAGGUGGAUUGGCUGAGUGGUCGCCCGAGGCCUUUGAAGUCUCCCGUUACUCGCCGUGCUACGCUGGGACAGAUGUGUGGCGUCCAAGGUCCCCCAGAUGAAAAAUGCACCAAUUGCGCCCAAGAGAAGGGUCCAUUCAAAAACUGCCGCGUUCUUUUCAUGGACAACCACAUCCAAUGGAGUUGGGCCUGCAUCUGUUGUGUCUAUAGGACCGACGCUGGUAGAUGUUCUUUGCGCCCGGACCGAUUCUUGAAUGUCCCCUCGUGGGUCGCCGAAGCUGUGACUCGAUAUGAUCCCACUAACAAACUGCUCCCUAUCUAUCAUGCCGGAAAGAAGGAGGAUGCUGUGGCCCCUAUCUGGCCAGAUGCGAACGGUAAAUGGCCUCCCAAGGCCACUUUGGGCGGCGAAAGACCGCAGAAGAAGCGUCGUAUCGAUGCCUCUGCACAGGACUUCGAUGGCCGCGUCCCUGGCAAGCUGAAGAAUGGUGGACUCGACUUCAAUGAUACCUGGUAUCGCUCGCCCAUUGAGGAUCCCGACGUGUACCGCAUGAAGGACAAGACCUUUGCUCUUACUACCUACCACGAUAUUGCCCAGAUCCUCGAGCGCGUCAAGGAGGAUCACCAGCGCUUGAAAUUGGCUCUGCUUGAGAAAGGAUUCUUGGACCCAUUGGACGAGGAUGAGGAGAUGGAAGAUGAGAAUGUCUUCGCCAAGUAA